GAAAGGAUAGUAAGAAAGCCCUUCUUACUGCUCAUCUAUCUCUUUCAAUCCCCCAAACCCUCAGAUUCUCACUUAGCAAUUCAGAAGAUUCUGACUAAAGUUUGAAAUGAAACCCUUCAAAGUUUUGAAAGUAUUGAGCUUAUCAGCAUCACACAAGCCCUGCAUAUCCCGUUUCAAUUCACACGUUUUCCGUCGAAUUUACUCAGCCCAACCUCAAGAAGCCGACCACUCCUCGGCCUCCGCAGUACCUUCUUCAUCUUCCUCGGAAGAAGACGGAUUUUGUUCUUCAGAUGUUUUCGAUAGCUCGGAUUAUGCAUUGGAUUCGGAUGCAACAGAUAAUUUGGGGACCAAUGUUGGCCCUCAGCCCACUUGGGAUGAGAAGUACAGGAAUGAAGCAAGGAGGAGAUUGUUUGGGGAAGAUAUUCCCCAGGUGAGUACUUCAAGAGUUUUCCUGAAGGAAGAAGAGAAGAGGAGGAGAGCUGCUGCUCUUGCUAAGAACCUCCUUGAGGCUGUUAAUAGGCGGGUUGUGAAGGAAGGUGAGGCGCAGGAGGAUGGGGGGUUGGUGAAGGAGGAGGAUCAGAAAUCUCUGUCUGUUGGGAUUAUUGGGGCUCCUAAUGCUGGAAAAUCUUCUCUUACCAAUUCCAUUGUUGGGACCAAAGUUGCUGCAGUUUCUCGCAAGAUCAAUACUACGACACAUGAAGUGUUGGGAGUGAUGACUGAAGGAGACACACAAAUUUGUUUCUUUGAUACCCCAGGUCUGUUGCUAAAGAAAACUGGCUUCCCCUAUAAAGAUAUGAAAGUGCGUGUUCAGAGUGCAUGGCGUUCUGUUAGUCUUUACGAUGUACUCGUUGUCAUAUUUGAUGUUCAUAGACACCUUACCAAGCCUGAUCAGAGAGUAGUGAAAUUGAUUGAGCGGAUGGGUUCUGAAGUUGACCAAAACCAAAAGCGUGUCUUGUGCAUGAACAAAGUUGAUUUGGUUAACAAAAAGAAAGAUUUAUUGAAGGUUACUGAGGAAUUCAAACAUCUUCCUGGAUAUGAUGAGCAUUUUAUAAUAUCCGGGCUAAAGGGAUCAGGGGUGAAAGAUUUAACACAAUACUUGAUGAAGCAGGCAAUCAAAAAACCAUGGGAUGAAAUACCAUUUGUCAUGAGUGACGAAGUUAUGAAGAACAUAGCAAUGGAAAUUGUUAGAGAAAAGCUGUUAGAUAACGUGCAUCAGGAAAUCCCUUAUGGCAUUGAUCAUCGACUAGUUGACUGGAAGGAAUUACGAGACGGUUCUCUCAGAAUUGAGCAGCACUUAAUAACACCAAAGAUUAGCCAACGCAAGAUUCUUGUCGGAAAGAAGGGUUCCAAAAUUGGGUAUUGCUUAUUUUCUACACUUACCUGUCUUGACAUAAUUUCUAUAACAAAUUGUGUGCAACUUGGCUGCCUUUUAUUUAUAUAUGCAGGAAGAUCGGGAUUGAUGCAAACGAAGAGUUGAGAUUGAUAUUCAGGAGGAAUGUUCAUCUUGUCCUCAUGGUGAGAGUUAAACAAUGAGUUCAAAAAUAAAAAAGAACAUGUGACGAUUCACCUAUAUAUACAUAGAGAAAGCUGCUGCGUCUGCUAACAUGAUUAACUGAGCAUGGUGGGUUUAGGGUUGAAGGAAGAAGCAAACAUCACACAUCUCUGUGUACUAUGGCCAUCCACUAAGCUCCUACCCACACAACAUGUAGAAGCUCUGGAGUUCUUUCAGUCUAUUUGAAGUGCUGCCUUUUUCUUCUUUAAUUUCUGGAAAUUUUGGAAAUUCAUAGCGGAAUGAAUCAAUCAAUGCAGGUUGGCAUCUAAAUGAAGGAUGUACUCUGCUUAGUCACUCUUAUAAUUAGUUAUUGACCAGUAAUAAAUAUUUUUGUUAAUGUUAAAUUGGCAGUGUGGCUUUGCUUAUCUGGAUUCUGCGCAAUUUAUCUAGCAUACCAAUACAAGAUCCCUCCAUUUCUUGGAUCCAGACUAUUUAUUCAAGGUGUAUAUUGUGGUGGGAAUGUUUGGACCGCCGUUGAUUUACACCAUAUUGCUCCGUGGAUAUUUAGACUCUCAAUUUGGAGUCUGGGGGUGAUGUUUAUGUUCAAUAAUAUUUAUUCUAUCCCAAGAUUAAGCAACAUUUGAAAACCUGUUUAAAAAAAAGCCUCUUUAGGUCCUCCUA